GAACUUAUAGGUUACAUCCUGCGGUAGUAAUCAAUCAAGAUUAAAUCUUAUAUUGUGAACGUUAGAAGUCAAUUUGUGAUAGAAGUGUCUAGACGUCAAGUUGGUACAAUGAAGUGUUGUUUAUAUGUAGGUACCUAAUAAAGAUCUGACUUAUUUUAAGUUAUUUAUAUAUGAAGUGAUAGAUUUUGUGUAUACAGUUUAUUCGUAAUUUAAAAAGCUAAAAAAAGAAAAAAAAAAAUAAGAAAUGUCUCCAUAUAAACCGGUAACAAAGAAAUUAAUCAACACAGUAGAGGGAUGCGUCGAUGACAACCUUCGCGGUAUUGUCACCACAUUCCCACAGUUGCGUUUACACCCAAAGCACCGCGUGGUCACCAUCAGAACUGAGGCUGAUACAGGGAGAGUGGCUGUCAUCAGUGGAGGUGGUUCUGGGCACGAGCCGUUUGCAGCAGGUUUUGUUGGGGCCGGCAUGUUGGACGGGGCCGUGGCCGGCGGUAUAUUCGCAUCGCCGCCCACUGGGAAUGUUCUGUACGCUAUAUCACAUCUCUACAAGUUUAAUUCAGGCGGUGUAAUCGUAAUAUUGGGGAACUACACAGGCGAUAGAUUGAACUUCGGCAAAGCAGUUGAGAAAGCAAGAAUUAAUGGCAUCAAGGUUGAAGCAGUAAUUAUAGGCGAAGAUGUUGCAUCUAGUCACAAUAAGACUGGAGGAAGAGGCAUCUGUGCUGAAGUUUAUUUAUAUAAGAUUUGUGGUGCAAUGUCAGCGAGGGGCUACGACUUGUCGAGUAUCCACAAGACGUCGAUAGAUGUGAGCAAGUGUUUUGCCACGCUCGGCGUUUGUUUGAGCGCCUGCUCCUUGCCUGGGCAGCCACCCUUGUUCGAAAUCGCACAAGACGAGAUGGAACUGGGCGCUGGAGUGCACGGGGAAGCUGGCAUCGCCAAGAUGAAGAUGGGAACUUCUAAAGAAGUUGUCGGGAUGCUGUUGGAGAAGAUAAUAUCUCAUUUGAAAUUGGUGACUGGUGACAGAGUGACCGUGAUGGUGAAUAAUUUGGGAGGGACCUCCAUCUUGGAAAUGAACAUAAUUGGUGCUGAUAUCAAAGAAUAUCUAGAUAGUAAAAAAAUAAAGCUAGAACGUCUAUAUUCCGGCCACAUGAAGUCCUCCCUUGAAAUGCAUGGAUUCAAUAUUUCCGUGCUGCAUCUGAACAAGGAACAAGGUGACUUUUGGUUGGGGUUGUUGGAUGAUCCCACCACCGCUCCAGGAUGGCCUGCGGGCGUCCUCUCUGUGGGUGACCACGACAACAUUAGAGAUGACGAGACUGUACUGCAAAGUUUUACUCGGAAGGCUGCAGUUGGACCUUCCCUAUCAAAACAGCAGCAGGAUAUCUUCCGAGGGUGUCUCCAAUCAGCUGCCGAGGAACUAAUUCAGAGCGAAGCGUUGCUCAACAGGCUGGAUUCCGGAUGUGGUGACGGAGACUGUGGUAUCACCAUUAAGAAGUUUGGACUGGCUAUCGUAGAAUAUUUAAAACAAGGCUCCGUGCAGUAUCCAUCCAACGUACUAUGGGAGCUGUCGGAGAUCGCGGAGACGGACAUGGGUGGAACAUCAGGCGGCAUCUACAGCUUGGGCUUGUCCGCAGCGUCGCAGUCUUUUGCUGGUUCACAAGCAGUAAGCCCAGCAGAAUGGUUAGCAGCGUGGGAGAGUAGCAUGGCAGCCAUUACCAAGUAUGGUGGUGCUGAACCAGGGGAUAGGACAAUGUUGGACAGUCUUCACGCGGCUGCAGAGGCUUUCAAGCAAAACCUAGGGGCUGAUCUGAAACAAGCGUUGUUGAAGACCAGCGAAGCAGCAGAAAGGGGGGCCAAGGAGACAGCUAGCAGGAUAGCUAGGGCGGGCCGCGCGUCGUAUGUAGCCAAGGAAUAUUUACAAGACGAGGAUGCAGGCGCACGCGCAGUCGCCAUAUGGAUUAAAGCUGUCGUCAAAUAUAUACUUACCAAAAUAUAGUUUUAAUUAUCUUUUAUUUAUACCUAUAUUUGA